GAUACGGCCGGCUAACGCCGCCAGCUCGACCAGCACAACGGUGACUGAAUGAAUGACGUGGAUUUUCAAUCAGUUACAUUUCAACUUUCAGCCCUGGCCUGAGUGUGGCUCUCUCUCUUCACUGACUGAUUAUUGUGGUGUCGCAGAAGAGAAAAACAAUGAAUAAAGCCAAAGUUGAGAGUCUUCGAGACAAGGUGGAUGGAAAUGAGUUGGAUCUCAGUCUGUGUAACCUCACAGAGGUCCCAGUGAAGGAGCUCGCAGCUGUUCCCAAAGCCACAGUCCUGGACCUUUCCUGUAACAAUCUCACAACCCUAACACCAGAUUUCUGUACACUGACUCACCUGGUUAAAGUGGACCUGAGCAAGAAUCAGCUGGUGAGCCUGCCAGAGGAGAUCGGGCAACUCUACACCCUUCAGCAUCUGGAUCUGUACAACAACAAGCUGACCAUGCUACCUCUCAGCUUCUCCCAGCUCAGGAGUCUGAAGUGGCUGGACCUUAAAGACAACCCCCUGGAGCCGACGCUGGCCAAAGCUGCAGGAGACUGUCUGAAUGAGAAACAGUGCAGGCAGUGUGCAGGAAGGGUUCUCCAACACAUGAAGUUUCUCCAAGAAGAAGCCGAUAAGGAGCGGGAACGCCGGCUGCUGAAGGAAAAAGAACAAGAAAAGAAAAGAGAAGCAAAGCAGAGGGAGAGAGAGGCCCGGGAGAGAGAAGCACAGAAAAAGAAAAAGGCAGAGGAAAAAGAGAAGAAAAGGAAGGAAUACGAAGCACAGAUGGCCGCUCAGGCUGCUCAGGAACAACAGAAAAAGAAGAAAGAGGAGAAGAAAAAGAGAGCCAGCCAAAAUCAAGAUAAAAAGAAGGCCUCCGGUGCUGCGGCUCAGACCAGACGCUCCCUGUGCUCUCGGCUCUUCUCUCUGCUCCUCAGGAUUCUGUUCUUGCUCAUCCUCAGCGCUGCAGCAGUGAUCGGCACUUGUCGGGUCACUGAGCUGAAGAAGGAGGCGUUUUGUGCUCCUGUAAAUCUGUACACAGAUGAGGCGCUGAGCUGGGCUCGAGGCCUGGACGUGGUGCAACAAGUCAUUCAGAAAAUCUCAGACCUUCAACAAUGACACCUCGCUGGCUCACACUGACGAGACGGCAUCCAUCUUGCCCCAGGAUUCAGUCUGGAGAUGUACUGGGGCAACACAAAGGGGGAUGUUCCUCCGUUUCCGUGUCUCGUUCUAAAAUCACGGCAUGGCCGUUUAAGGGGGAAAAAAUGAUCAGUUUUCCAGGACAGAAACUAGAGGAAGUGGACUUCGGGGCUUCACGGCUGCUUUCGAGCUACUGAACAAAGAGGCUGUGACCAUUCAGCGCCUUAUGUACUGUUCAUAAAUAUCUUGUUAAAGCUAACAGCUGCUGAAUUGGGAGCAUGCGUACAUAUUUAUAAUCAUGUAGA